CUUCACUCUUACACUUUCUGAGUCUCAGACAAGGUUCUUUAUUCAUACCUAAGUGCUUACUCUUUUCUACUAUAUAUACUUUAGUCUUACAAGAAUACCUACGCUAUGGCGAGUAUGCAAUCGAUUAGAGCGAAUUGCCGAAAGAUCAUGUGCAUAGGACGAAACUACGCCGACCAUGUAAAAGAGCUGAACAAUCAGCGUCCCAAACAACCCUUCUUCUUCCUUAAGCCCCCGAGUUCUAUCCUACUCCCGGGCUCGGGCCCGGUGCUGCGGCCCAAGGGUGUCACGAUGCAUUAUGAAGUUGAGUUGGGGCUCAUCAUGGGGAAAACGGUGAGGGAUCUUCAUCCGGAGGAUGCUCAGGGGGCAUUGGACGCGAUUGAAGGCUAUCUCCUAGCAAUCGACAUGACUGCCCGCAACGUACAAGACGAAGCGAAGAAGAAAGGACUCCCGUGGUCCAUUGCAAAAGGCUUCGACACAUUUCUCCCCAUCAGCAACCUCAUCGCGAAAUCAAGGAUCCCGGACCCGCACAACGCCAAUCUCUGGCUGAGUGUAAACGGCCAGAUGAAACAAGCCGACAACACCGAGCUCAUGCUUUUCCAAAUUCCGCGUCAGCUGAGCGAUAUUAGCAGGGUGAUGACGCUAGAGAAAGGGGACAUUGUGCUUACGGGAACGCCGAAGGGGGUUGGACCGGUUACUACUGGCGAUGUUAUAAAAGCUGGACUUAAAAUAGAUGGUAAAGAUAUCGAAGAGGCACGUAUCGAGGUCCCAGUCGUAGAUCGCGAGGGGCCGUAUCAGUUCAAGGAAACAUAGCAAGAUUUGGCCGUAGAUCACGCACAUGCACCCUGUUCAGCUUACAUGGUGCUCAUGACUGUGGCUAUGAAUGUCUCCAGAUCCUCCCGUUGGGGAAUUUCCCUGCGCUUUGGCUUGGUCAGAUGAAUCGCAGGACUGCCUCCUAAGGAAACCGCAUUAGCAACUUCAGAAGAAGAUCUAG